AUGGUGCUACGAAUGGCGAGACUCACUGACGAUGCCGACUACGAUGCUGGCGAAACGUGUGGAAAUGCAACACGUCCACGCUUUGCUUCCAAAAGCCAGGCUGGACUUGUUCUCGUCACACCCGCGCAUGGAAUGUUCGCCUUAAUUGGAAACCCAUGGCCCCUCAGCCUUUCAUCGUUAUCAAUGCGUCACAGUGUCAUUGCGAUCUUCAAGGCAAGCCAGAACUCUCCCAUUUCGGAUAUUUAG